CCGCUUAAAUUUAUACCACAAUAUCAAUAUCUAGUCCUUAUUUUAUGGAAGUAUCGUUUUAACGGAAAUUUACUGAACCAAUUUUACAUUAUAGUAUUGAUACUCAUUCAAUGUAAACUUUUUUUCAUAAUAUACUCUGUAAAGAUUAUUUUAUUUUUUGAAUUAGGCGUUUGUAUAUAAUAAUUAUUAAUUUUAAAAAUGAAUAAAGAAAGACGUGUUGGCCGUCGUAGUGUUGUACAAAAGCUAGUUAAACUUGGUACUCCCGAAUUCGACAAUGAAGAAAAAAUGUUAGCUGGACCAAAAAAAUCAUUGUUUAAUGAUGAUUCUUCAUUUAUCAUGAGGCGAACAUUAAAACCAUUACAUGAGAUUAACAAUUUUCAAAUUUUGUCUUCAAAAUCUAAAAGUCAUGAAAAGCUAUAUGAAGACAGCAAGUAUGAAUUACCAAGAUGUUCAUAUAAUGAUGUGUUAAAUAAACAUAAAAUUCCUUUGGAAACAUCUAGUAAAAUUGGUUUUCUUGAAUCAUCCUUGGUAAAAAAUCAUUGUAAACCAAGUGAACCUGUACUUCAAUCUAAAGAACUCUAUAGUACACUAAUUGAUUCACCUUGUACUAAAUAUCAAAAAAUGCAAUUUGACAAUGCAUUGUCAUCAGCCUCCAAGUAUUUAUUAAAUCGUCAUCUAGAAUCAAUUCAAAAUCAUGCUGAUAUAUUUAGUGUAAAAACUCCUGAAACAAAUUUGCCUUUGGUCAAUGAAAAUAAUUUAAAUGAAUCAAAAACUCCACAUUUGAUGGAUUUAAGUAUUACCCCGAAACAAGAUACAUCAAAUAAAUUUGAUUUCCAUACCCAAACAUCAGAUGUACCUUUAUUAGUUGAAAAUGUAGAAGAACUUCAAAAGAUAUCAGAUAUACCCUUAUUAGUUGAAGAUUUAGAGGAACUUAAAAAAAGUGAAAUCGAAGAGAUUCGACAAUCUAAAUUAAAAUGUUGUGAUUUAAUUAAGAUCCGCUUCAAAGAAAUUGAACUAGAAAUUGAAAAAAAUUUUAACAUUAUGGAAAAUAAAGUAACUGAUAACUAUAAUAAAUUGUUAAAAAAAAUUCAAGACGGAAAAGAUUGUAGUCCUCAAUCACAGUUAUCAGAAAUUACAGUAGAAACAGUAAAAGAAAAAAAAUAUUCAAGGAUGACUGGAGGUUUUGGAUUUUUAAACAAUUUAAAUCAAGAUUGUAGUUUUUUGAAAACUCCUAAAAUAAAGGGAAAGACCCGUGAAGAUAUGUUAAAGAAUAGCACAUUGACACCAUGUACAAUGUCAUUUGUAUUGCAAGAACAAUUAAUGCAUCUGAAUAGCAAUUCUUAAGAAUGAAAUUUAUGAGGUUAUAAUUACAUAUAUAUGAAAGAAAUUUUGAAAACAAAAAUUCGAUUUUGUGGUAUGUAGGGGAGACCUGGAUAAGUUGACGAAAUGUUAAUAACUCAUUACGACUUUAAUCAAGAAUUCUUAUUGUUCCACAAGAUACUAAACAGUUCUUCCAACAUCUAAUAUUUCUUGUUUGUGGUUCCUAUGAGAAAAUCAAGAUUUUCUGUUAUCGGUUAUGUAAAACCAUCAUUAUGUUUUUUUCACGUUGUCUUAAGGACUAUUGAAUCUUGGAAAACACCGCACUACUCGUGCCGGGAUCGCGGGUACAUCCAGAGACCUUGGCCGCACAGAAGUCCACGGCAUUGUGCGGAGGCGGG